AGCGUAACGUCACAUGCCUUUGCGGCGGUGGCGCUGUAGUGUAGAGGCCGUGAUAUAGCCAACGAGCAAACAUGGCUUCAGAACGAGAAAAAGACGUCCAAAAAGGGGAUAUAGUGGCAUUCCCAAGAAUUGGAUAUACUCAUUACGGAAUAUAUGUUGGAGGAGGAAAGAUUAUUCAUUUUGAUGGUUCAAAGGAUCAGAAUGAUGCAAUCAUAAGAAUAGAUGACUUACACGAAGUCGCUGGAUCAUCAGAGUAUAGGGUGUGUAAUAAAUUGGAUCAGGUUCAUAAGCCGUUCUUACCUACAGAGAUUGUCUCGAGGGCAGAGUCAAUGCUGGGAUAUUCAAAUUACAACAUAUCAUUCGACAACUGCGAACAUUUUGCUGCGUGGUGUAGAUAUGGUAUCGCCGCCAGCGAUCAGAGCAGGAAGUGUCUGGAUGCUUUAGACUAAUUCACAGUGUUCAUGACUUUGACACGCUUGAUAUGCAUCCUACUUCAUCUACGCAGAUGGCCAAAAAUACUCAAAAGCUGUCGGAGAGAUUCAUGGAUUAAAUAUAUAUUAUUCUCUAUUAUAUGAUAUACCUGGUACUUCUUGUAUGUCAUCGUGAAGAAGAUGCCGAAGAUACAAAAACAAAUAAUUAAAAAAUCGGACAGAUGAUAUUUUGGUAGAUGCAUCAAAGUAAUAUGAUUCUGUAUUUCUGUACUCAUAUUUGACUGAAAUAAAAUAAAAUUCUUAAAACGUC